UCUCAUCCUUCCUCAGCCGUCUCUCUCUCUCAAACCCCAUGGGUUCCAAGAAGUUCGAUCCUCACUUCGGCGACGGUGCCAGUCCAGGGAAGAUAUUCAUCGGGGGGCUAGCUAAAGAUGCCACAUUAGAUCAGUUCACGAAGUACUUUGGGAAGUACGGAGAGAUAACCGAUUCGGUUAUCAUGAAAGACAGGAGCACGGGUCGACCGAGGGGGUUCGGGUUUAUUACCUAUGCUGAUCCGUCCGUUGUCGACACUGUUAUUGCUGAAACCCAUGUUAUCAAUGACAAGCAGGUUGAGAUCAAAAGAACUAUCCCAAAAGGUUCUAGCGAGUCCAAGGAUUUCAAAACAAAGAAGAUUUUCGUUGGUGGGAUACUAACAUCUGUCAGUGAUGAUGAGUUCAAAAAUUUCUUCUCAAAGUAUGGGAAGGUAGUGGAACAUGAGAUCAUACGAGAUCAUGAGACUAGACGCUCCAGGGGAUUUGGAUUUAUUGUUUUUGACAAUGAGCAAGUUGUUGAUAAUAUACUGGCCAAUGGGAAUAAGAUUGAUAUGUCAGGCACCCAGGUUGAGAUCAAGAAGGCUGAGCCAAAGAAAUCCUCCAACUCAGCUCCGGCUCCUGCAUAUGGUAGGGGUUCUAGGGGCCGCGGAUAUGUUGAUGAUUUUGGUGGAUUUGGUGACUCUUAUAGCAGUUUCAGUAGUGGCAAUUUUGGCCCUGCUUCUUAUAGAACUUUUGGAGGAGGUGGUGGUGGUAGGCUAGGUGAUUAUGGUGGAUAUGGUGGGGGUAGUGAAUUUGGUGGGCGUUACGGUGACUUCGGCGGCAGUGAUUACAUGGGUUAUAGGGGAGACCCUUCGCUUGGCUAUUCUAGUCGCUUUGGUUCUUAUGGGGGAGAGUUUGGCGGGGGAUAUGGUGGGAGUGCAUUAGGUGGAUAUGGCCGCGGAGGCGGAGGCUAUGGAAAUUAUGGCGGCUCAGGAUCUGGUGCUGGUUAUGAUUCUGGACCUGGUGCUGGCUAUGAUUCUGGACCUGGAGCUGGCUAUGGUGGAGCAGGGGGGCUAUAUGGAAGUAGGGCUGGCUAUAGUGGCAGUAGUCGAUACCAUCCUUAUGCGAGGUAGACUUUGCUAGCUUUCCCUGUAGGUGUGCAAUGCACAAUGGUUUCUUGGUUCUCAGCGUAUUGCAUCUUCCGGUUUGGAUUUCAGUAGACACUUAAAAGAACUUGCUCCAAGUGGACACUGCUAGAAGAUCAAAAGAACCUUUGUCCUUUAGUUUGUUUCUGUUGCUUUAUGGAUUAGCCAGCCUGAUCUAGACACAUGUUUUGUCAUGGAUUUCUCAUUAGGUAGAAUUUGUGGGUUUGUAGUUAUUGGAGACUAUUUAGAUGUUUGUGAUUUUUCUUCUAUAUGUAGUUUGCUUAAUAUGUUUGCCCAUGGCAGGAUUAAGUUCACGCUUUCCAUUGGCUAGUUUGGAUAGGUUUAUGGGUUCUCCUUA